AUGGAUGACUCAAGCCUGUCCAGCAGUAUUGAUGUAGACAAAGGCUUUGCCAUUGCCUUUGUUGUUCUGCUGUUUCUGUUCCUAAUUGUGAUGAUUUUUCGGUGUGCAAAGUUGGUGAAGAAUCCCUAUGAGGCCAGCUCCACAACCGCGGAACCAUCUCUGAGCUGAACUAUGAAAAAGCCUGAUAGACUCCUCCUCAGAGCAGACUUGAACUCUUCUACACAGAUGUUUAUAAUCUGGACUUCUUAUUGUUUCACUUCUCUAUGUGUCAGCCUUCUCGCUCCGGCAUUCUGCC